AUGAUGUACUCUUCGCUUUUACAAUUCAGUUCAGGGUUGAUUGACGUAGUCGCGAUUUCUUAUCAAAGGAGAUAUAACAAACUUCAUCGAUCGAUAUAUGGUCUGUCCUAUGACUUAUAUGUUUUGGAACUCGCGGGUUCAUCGCUUUCUGUUUACAGUACCUUGAACUAUCUGUGGUCUCCACUCGUGAGAGUUCAGUUAUCGAGACGUUAUCCCCUUUUCUAUCCUUUAGAUGGUCAGGGCAUACCGCUGUCUGUUCUUUUGCUGAUUAAAGAUGUACUCAUAGGAGUGAGUUGUUUGGCAGUACUUCGACAAUUAGUCAUCUAUAGGUAUACCAAGCACAUUCAUCAAAGUAUUUCAAAAUUAUGUAUAGUUGUCCUCUUGGCGGCAUCCACUUUCGGGAUUUUGACAUACGCAUUUUCAUCUGCUCACCUACCAAAUAAUAAUUCUGGUUUGUUUGGUGUCUUCUUUAUUGAGCAUGUCAAUUAUACCAGUGUAAUAGGACAUAUAUUGAGUGCAUUGAGGUUUCUACCACAAUUGUCACUUAAUUGGUUCGGGUCGUCUACGAGUGGGUUAUCUUCAAAAUUCGUGCUUGUCAGCUUCGUGAAUAAAGUUCUAUACUUACUAAUAAGGAAUUUCGUACCGCAUAGUGCCGAAUUUUAUCGCAUUCCAUUUAACACAACACCGUUUUCAGUGCUGUUGUUAGAGUUGUUUUCAAUCGUUGGUAUACUCUAUCAGGCACAAUUAUUGUACUUGAAUAAUAAACCGCAUCUGCCAAAAGGUAAAUGA